AUGCGAAAUGAUUUCCUCCAGAGUCGAUCACUUUUCAUUGAACAACAGCGUUCUACCCGAAUUCUCCAGAAUAUGCUGCCCGAACACAUUGUGCAACGCAUGCAAAAGGGUGAUACGUUGAUCAGUGAAGAUGAACAGGACGUGACUAUCUUAUUUUGUGAUAUUGCUGACGUUGAUUCCUUCGUGAACCGCUUUGAUCCGACAGAAGUAGUGUCUAUUCUUGAUCGAGUGUAUUCACUCUUUGACCAGAUUUGUCAGAAACAUGGUGUUCGCAAGAUGGAAACCGUUGGCAAGACCUAUGUGGCUUGUGCUGGUUUGCAAGGCAAGAAUCAGGGCAGAGAAGCAGCAUUUUGUGCUGUGUCAAUGGCAUUGGAUAUGCUAACCUGUCUCAAGAAAUGUCGUGCAUCGAAUGGCAAUGUCAUCAAACUUCGGAUUGGAAUUCAUUCAGGUCGUGUGGUUAGUGGAUUGGUCGGUACUAAGAAACAACAGUUCUCGUUGUUUGGUGACACUGCAAACACGGCAUCGCGCAUGCAAUCAACAGGUGUCACUGGGCGAUGUCAAAUAUCGUACGUUACGUACAAGAACCUUGCCAAGCAUUUUGCCUUUGAAGAACGGCACAUUGAUGUCAAGGGCAAAGGAAGUAUGACAACGUAUCUAGUAGACGAACCGAUAUCUGAAGUAGCAAAACUGUCGUUUGCCGGUCAGAUAGACCUUGCGUUUGAACGUGGCUUGGUCUCCACGUCCUCGUUAAUGAUAGAUGUACAUCGUCCAUUGGAUUAA